AUAAAAUAUAUUUGAAUGCUUGGGAGAAUGUUGUAGUCAUGAAAAUUGUUAUAUUAGUCACUGUAAUACACGUUUUAUCUCUAUGGCUAAAGGAAAAUUAAGAGGUUCUGAUUCCAACAAUAAGAUAGCAGCAUCAAAUACAGCAUUUAAGAAUGGAGAAACAUAUACAUGGGAGUUUGAGAUCAAUGAAACUCCACCUAGUGCUAGAACCUUACUUACCAAAGGUUAUAUACAAGAUGAAAUUAAUUCAUUUUCAGGAGCAACUGUAUCAACACGCGGGCGUUUUAUGACAGAGCAAGAAAAGCUUCGAUGUCCAAAUGAAAGACCGUUGUACCUUUAUAUACAAGGACAUACAAAACACAAUGUUGAUUUGGCAAUACAAAAGAUCAAUGAAAUUAUCAAAACAGAACACCAAAGUUCUUUAAAUAGACCAAGCAGGUUUACAAAUGCUCCACCACCUCUUAUGAGUUUACAUUCCGGAGUUACAACUGUGGAAAAAAUUUGUGUUGGUAUUGAGAAUGCACCACAAGGUUUUGAUUUACGUGGACGUAUAUUGGGUAUUGGUGAUGCAAAUUUAAUGUAUAUUAGAGGUGAAACCGGUGCAAAUGUCACUUUAAGAGGUAGAGGAUCUCAAUUUGUUGACCCAGUUUUAGGGGCAGAAUCUCCAGAACCGCUCCAUUUGUACAUAGAACAUCCAAAACCAGAAGCAUUACAAAAUGCAAAACAAUUGGCUAUCAACUUGAUACAAACAAUACAAUCUGAAUUACAAACUUAUAUCCAGCAACAACCGCCACCGGUACAACCUCAGCAAGUUAUGGAACAAUCACAAAUACAACAAACCCAAUUUCAAACUAUGAACAUUGGUACCUUGGCCCAGCCCAAUAUGGUCACAAUACAACAUCAAGAUAUUAUACAGCAUCCACAAAGUAAUGUUGUAACAUUACCGGCAACAAUUCUUACUGCUACUGUAGCUGGUACUCCAGGUCCUGGUGUAUCAGUCCCACCUCCAGGGGUAUAUAUACCACCUCACACUGGACCAUUAGUUCCACCUCCGCAAGCUCAGGAGAUACAGACUUUCAUGCCACCACCACCAGUUGGGCAAGUACAGUUAAUUGGUCCUCCGUCAACAGUAAGUCAAGUUCAGUAUCAGAUACAUCCUGGUCAGCCACUGCAAAUCCAAGGGAUUCAACCAGGGUCGCAAUCUUCGCCGCAGCCUGUGGCACAGAUGUAUGUCAUGAGCCAGCCACCACCGCAGAGUCCUGCGCAACAGAGUUUCAUAACGAGUAGCAGCGCGCCGGCGAGCGGGGCGGUGUCGUACGUUUAUACCCAGCCGAACGUACAGAGGCCAGCCACACCAUCGCAAGGCAUCAUCGAAACUGUUAAUGUCAACUUGCAACAACCUCCUCCACCCGCAGCGCCGCUCAAUAUAACACAGCAGCCGCCACCACCAUUGCUACAUCUUCACUUUCCGCCGCCAAACUUCCCGCCGAAUCAACCGCCUCCUCCCGUGCCGCAAACUUAUCAGAUACAAUAUCAGCAGGUACAGGCACCCGCAUCACAAUCGCAAACGCAGUUCGUCCUGCAACCUGGCGAGCACAUUGUUCCACCUCAGCUGCAACAGAAUCACGAGCAAUCUCAAGCUGUCGCUCAGCAUAUAAUACCGCCGCAAUUCGAGGGUCACGCUCCACCGUUCCACCUGCAAGUACCUCCUCCGUCAGCGCAAACCUUCCUAGUUCCCAACGCUCAGUCCCCGCAGCAUCACCCGCAACCUCCGCUCCCACCCGGCGGUGAGAUUCAGCAUCAGCAGGAGGGCCCGGUGGAGCAAGGGCCAUUGCCGCAGCCAGUACCACCUCCGCAGAUCGUGCCACCACCGUCGAUCGGCCAGAUGCCGAAUUCCAUGAAUAUUCUUACUAGUGUACCGCCGCCGACGCAACCGCCGCCUCCGCAAAACGCACCGUGGCUUUAUCAGGCGCAGCAACCGCAGCAAAUACCGCAACCGCAAGGGCAAUUGCAGAUGCAAAUGCCGCCGCAGAAUAUACCUCUUCAUAACGUACCUCCACCGCAAGUUCAAGCUCAAAUACAAUAUCAUCCUCAGCACAUACAGUAUCAGAACGGGCAUGUGCCGACGCAAGUGCACUACACGAUGCAACCACCGCAUCAGCAGUUUGAGCAGAAGCCCGAUUCUCCGGAGCAGCAGAAGUCGCACGGAGUAAAAAGAAGGUUUUCAGACGUUGAAGGAGGUCAGGAGCCACCACCAUAUCAAUGCGCACCGCUACCCGCACAACGUCAUGGCACAGGAGAAGGUGAUCGACAACAGCAAGUCUUACAUGGCCCAUCACCCACACCUGCGGGUCUACCACAUGGAGAUCGAAACAAGAUGCUUAUACCAGCCACACACCCAGGUGAAAAACGGAACUUGGAGCAAAAGCCUGCAGGAUUAGCUUCAGUAGGAAAUGAGCAGACUGCAAUUGGAGAGUCCGGGAAUGUUCAUCCUGGACCUGGAAACGGCCCUCCAUUGCCGCCUCCGCCUUCGCCACAGGCACCUUGGCAGAAUCAUCAUGUGAGGGUUCCUUGGGGUAGACCACCGCCAAUUCCGAGGGAGGGGGAACAUCCUGCAGUCGGUCCCGGCUUACCUCCCAUUAAUAUGCCACCUCCUCAGAUCAGGCCAAGAGGCCCCGCUGACGGUAACCGGUCCCCCACUCAGAACGCCGUGUUAGAGCAGCCGUUAAACGUCGAGUACAAUCAAAUGCCACCAUACACGUCGAAACCGCCGCCUUACAACGCGCAUCCGUUGAUGCAGUCGAUUUGUAACCCUCCGCCGCCGCCGCCGCCGCAUCACCAACAACGGCCGCAGCAUCCUUCUCAAGCGGUGCAGCAUUAUCAGGUGCCAAUCUCUCAAACAUAUCAGCCGCCGACGUCCUGUCCACCGUGGAUGAAUUGAAAGUCAAGCUGCAGCAGAGGUGUUGUUUCCCGCUCUAGUACCUGGACGAUGACUGAUGUGACUUUUACCGAAUGUAAUAUCGCUUUAACGUGAGCGACGCAACGAUGUAUUAGCGAUGUAAGCUAUGAGGGGAUCUGAUGGAAAUGCGAGCAAUUGGAUCUAUUUUGCGUUUAUUGCCUCGUAUUAUUCACACACUCGAUUGUUCCUCGUGUAAUAAUAGUUGCAAUGGAUAAUUUAAUGUGAUGAUUAAGUAACUUGUACAAUAUUAUAUAGUAGCUACUAUAUAAUUUAGUAAUCUGUUUCCAGGACGCUAAUGAACAUGUAAAAAUGUAUAAAUUUCGAAAAUUAUUUAUAUUGUACAAUCUUUAAAUUCUAUCCAUCACGGGGAGGUGAGACGCGCAAAUCGAUUAUGUGAAAUGCGUGACCGGAUUGUAUGAGGAAAUAUAACGUCUCGUUAACGAUAUAGUUACUUACUGAUUGCGUAGCUUGUCUUCAAACAUAUAUAUACACGCUAAGAGCGUAAUUAAUUAAUUGUAUAAUAGAUGCGUCUAGAAAGAGAACGACAGCGUUAUUAUAACUUUUGAUUUGAUCAUUGCGCAUACGAGAACCAUUUGUUUUGUAUACAAACACACACACACAACACACAAAUAAUGAUAGCGUCGAAUCUUCAUCUCUGGCGCGGUAAAAAAAACUGCAUCUCCAUUUAUAGAUAGGUACAUAACAACAUGUGUAACGUAUGUAUGCGAUUUUUUUAUGCAACAGCCAAUAAAUCGUUAUUGCCAAUA